CCAAUGUCCACGAACACCAGCUGGCACCCCACGGUCCAUUCAAGCCUCUCGUUCAACUUCGAUCAGUACGACAACCGACGACGGCAAUAGCCCUUGCGACCGCCGUAUUCACCGAUAUUGAAGACUUGCGACUGCACUUCACUGUACGACGUGAACGGCCCAAGACAACCCACGUGAACGACGCAACGUGCUUGCGAUCCAAGGCGGCAGCCACUUCCGCGACACAGCCCGGUACCAGGCAUCCGACGCCAGCGAUACUUCCCUCCCUUACUACUUGGCAGGCGUCUGCGAGAAAUCAUGGCCGCAAGCAAGGCAACCCGCUUGGGAGAGGAAAUCUGGAAAACCCGUAUAGACAAAGUCAAUGCCGAGCUCGUCACCCUCACCUACGGAACAAUUGUUGCGCAGUUGUGCAAAGAUUACGAUAGCGACUAUGUAGAGGUCAACAAGCAGCUGGACAAGAUGGGAUACAACAUCGGCCUUCGUCUCAUUGAGGAUUAUUUGGCAAAAUCGAAUACAAUGAAGAGAUGCGCAAACUUUCGCGAGACCGCAGACGUUAUUGCAAGAGUCGGCUUCAAGAUAUUUUUAAACAUCACACCACAGGUGACCAACUGGACGACGGACAACAAACAGUUCUCGCUUGUGUUUGACGAAAACCCUCUCGCAGACUUUGUCGAGCUGCCCGAUGACGAGCGAGCGCAGGAUGAGCUCUGGUACUCCAAUAUCUUUUGUGGAGUCUUGCGGGGAGCUCUUGAGAUGGUGCAGAUGCAGGUCGAAGCGCACUUCAUCAGUGACGUUCUGCGAGGCCAUGAUACGACCGAGAUGAGGGUAUCAUUAGUGCGGUACAUCGACGACGAGCUUCCUCCCGAAGAUGACUAGAUGUGAUUGCAUCUUGCCAUACAACGUUGUUCUUUACUAUAACCAGAUGUGCUACAAUGGGUUGUCCCGCAUCGACACAAAUUUGCUAUCUGUCGAUGGAAGUCUGGAAAAUAGCGCGCGGCCUCAAUUCCCUGUGCGCUGGUGGACAUAGAGGGCGAGGCCAGCUUCAUCGCCCAUGAUGAUGCGCCAAAUGCACCUCCAUGGAAUCAUGAAGUAGGUGAAUAUCGAGGCCAGGCGUGUAUCACAUGUAACAAGAUGGAGACAACCGGUAAAGCGCCUAAGACGCAGUCAUGACCUGCACGAUAUUAAAGAGACUUGUUCGUGCGAAAGUCACCACUGCCAACGUGAAAACCCGAAGUUGGAAGCAAGUGUUGAUAUGAUGUUGCUGUAAUUGGGUACAAGGGUGGGGCAGA